UCGUGUCGGCCCCGUUUUGUUUCCGUUGCUUCCGUUGUUGCAGGCGAGCCAUCUUGCCUUAGACGCUGAUCGUUAUUACUCCACGUAUUUCGGUCAAGUUUUCGCGUCAAUACCUUGUGUAGUAAUCAAAAGUACAACGCAAUCACCAACAAACAUUCAAUAUGGUAGGGACAAGGGUCUAUGUCGGUGGGCUUCCAUACGGCACCAGGGAAAGAGAUCUUGAGAAAUUUUUCAGAGGCUACGGUCGAUUCCGUGAUGUGCUCAUCAAGAACGGUUACGGCUUUGUUGAAUUUGACGACUACAGAGAUGCAGAUGAUGCUGUCUACGAGCUCAAUGGAAAAGAGCUUCUGGGAGAGAGAAUUACUGUAGAGAGGGCCCGGGGGACACCUAGGGGUAGUGACCAGUGGCGCUAUGGUGACUCCCGUGGUGGUUAUGGGGACUCGAGGCGAUCUGCCCGAGACGAUAUGCGACACGACAGAGAUAGUGUGAACAGAAACACGAGGACCGCAUCUAGCUACAAGCAAUCAUUGCCCAGAUAUGGACCACCCACACGCACAGAGUAUCGUCUCACUGUCGAGAAUCUAUCAAGCCGCGUCAGCUGGCAGGAUUUGAAGGAUUACAUGAGACAAGCCGGAGAAGUGACAUAUGCCGAUGCACACAAACAGCGCAGAAAUGAAGGAGUUGUCGAGUUCGCCACUUACUCCGAUUUGAAGAAUGCCAUCGACAAGCUUGAUGAUACAGAAUUAAAUGGACGUAGAAUCCGACUUAUCGAAGAUAAAAGAAGAGGACGCCGCUCCAGGUCAUCCAGUUCGCGAUCCCGCUCACAUUCCAGGUCACGUUCUCCUCGACGUCGUUCCCGCACUCGCUCCAGGAGCCCCCGCAGCUCACGCAGCCGUAGCCCACGCAGCAGCCGCUCCAAGUCAAGGCCACACUCGAAAUCCAAAUCAAAGUCCAAAUCAAAGUCUCCCGAACGCAGCCGCUCUCGUUCCAAGUCCAAAUCAAGAGACCGCUCAAAGUCCAAAUCUAAGUCAAAGUCCAUAUCCAGAUCUCGUUCUAGGUCCAAGGCUGCGAGGUCUAAGUCCAGGUCGCAGUCCAAAUCCAAAGCCAAGUCCCCCUCAAAGGACAGAUCAAGUCGCGAACGAUCAAGGGUUGACAGGUCUAGAUCACGAUCAGUUAGCAAGCACAGCAAAUCCCACAGUCGCUCUCGCUCGCCAAUGAAUGGCGAUAAAUCACCAGAAAAGGAGAAAGAUGAUUGAACAUUUACCGUCCCUCUAGAUCAUCAUCGCACCGAUACAAUAUGCCGUUGAUAACAAUAUUGAACAUGUGUGCAUCGAUAGAUGGCUCGGAGCGAAUUGUUGUGUUUUUCUUUUCUUUUUAUAUUACUUGAUUAGAUCCAAGAAGCCAGUUUUUCAACGAUUUUCACCUACUUGUAACAUCGUCUGUAUAUGUUACCUAUUUGUUAACACUUUUCCCGGCCAUAAUAAUAAGCGCGACAUUCAAAAAUAUUUAUAAACGAACGAAUGAUAAUUCAUGAUAUCUCUGAUAUGAUAUUUUUCGCCCAAUUAACAAAGAAAUAAAACCAAUGAUUUAUAAUAUUUUGGUUGAAUACAAUCAUGACUUCUGAACUCUGCAACUAAUAAAGUGGUUUCUUUCUUUUACAUAUAUCUUCGAGUCGAAUUUUACACGUUUUGUGUAACUCCCCCCACAACAUAACAUAGGUAUUUCCAUGUAAUGGCUUUUUGUAUAUAUUCUUAAUAACUGCAUUACUAUAAGAAAAAAAUAAUAUGUGAUGUGUAACAAACUUAGAAGUAAUUCUUACUAUCAAUAAAGACACACCUAAAGCCGGA